AUGGCCUAUGUGGACAAUGAGAAUGAGAUUUCCUUCUCGUGGAACAAUGCAUAUGGCUCAAUCUUGACAAGAGCAGUGCUGAAUGAGUCCGGCAUUUUCCAACGGUCCAAAUGGCAUGAGAACGAAGGUCGAUGGGAAGAGUUCGCGUCUGCGCCCAAGGACCAGUGUGACAGCUAUGGAUUAUGUGGAGCCUAUGGUAACUAUGUUCGUUACAAUGGUGAAUUCGACUGCACUUCUCUUCCCGGAAACGGUGAAGGAUUCGUAGAGGUGGCAAAUGUGAAGGCUCCGGAUACUUCAGUUGCUCAUGUAUUGGCAAAUUUGGAUACGAAAGCUUGUAAAAAUGAGUGCUUGAGGAAUUGUUCAUGCACUGCAUAUGCAAGUCUAGGUACGACAGAAGGAAGUGGAUGUUUGACAUGGUAUGGUGAUUUGCUAGAUACAAGAGUAUUUAAAGAAGGUGGACAAAGUAUAUAUGUGCGUGUGGAUGCACUCGAGUUAGCACAAAAUGGGCAACAUGAACUGUCUAUCUAUAGUUCUAGUACUCUCCCAGAUGAUCCUCCAAGGGAAAAGGAGCUUGACAGAUCUGGAAGUCAUCCACAUUUACCUUUCUUCAAUAUAGACACAAUAGUUGAAGCAACUGACAAUUUUUCCAACAAACUUGGAGAAGAUGCUUCAAUGGAGCCAAAAAUUUCAGACUUUGGGUUGGCUAAAUUGUUCAAGGAACAUCAAAUUGAAGCCAUUACAAAGCAAGUGGUUGGAACAUACUAUGGUGUCUUAAUACUAGAGAUCACAAGUGGCAAGAAAAACACGCAGUAUGACAAAGAAAGCCCUUCUCUGAAUUUGAUAGGGAAUGUGUGGAAGCUAUGGAGGGAAGGAAAAGGCUUGGAAAUAGUUGAUUAUUCAUUAUUGGAACAUUCAUACCCUUGUCAAGAAAUUUUGAGAUGCAUUCAGAUUGGACUUCUAUGA